AUGGCAGCCGACCUCAAGCGAGAGGAGACUGCACGAGACUCCAUUCACGAUUUGAAGCACGAUGGAGCUGCCGCCGAAGCCAUCGAGGCGAUUCGUGCCGAGCACGAGCUCACUUUCACUGAGGCGUUGAGAUUGUAUCCCAAGGCAAUUGCGUGGUCGGGUUUCGUAUCCAUCGGCGUCAUCAUGCUGGCUUUUGAUCCUCAGCUCAUCGGAAACCUCUACUCAACGCCUCAAUUCGCUCGCGACUUUGGACACUUGUACAAAGGAGAUUGGGUAAUUCAAGCUUCUUGGCAGACUGCUCUCUCCAUGGGCAACCCCGUCGGCCAGGUUGUUGGUGCCAUUUUUGCUGCCUAUCCCAUGGACUACUUUGGGCGAAAGCUCACCUUUGCAGCCUGCGUUAUUCUCACUGCUGGCAUUGUCUUUAUCCAAUUCUUUUCCAAAACUCUCAGUGUUCUUCUCGCUGGAGAGCUUUUGGCUGGCCUUGUGUUGGGCAUGUUUGUCGUCAUUGCCCCGGCUUAUGCCUCUGAAGUCUGUCCCACCGCACUUCGCGGCCACCUCACGUCCUUUGUCAACCUUUGUUUUGUCAUUGGCCAGCUUCUCGGAAACGGCGUCACCGCUGGUACUUCCAAGCUGAACAACCAUUGGGCCUACAAAAUCCCUUUUCUCCUCCAGUGGUUUUGGAUUCUCGUCAUUCUUCCUGGCGUUGCAUUCAUCCCUGAAAGCCCUUGGUGGCUCGUCCGCAAGAACCGCCUAGAGGAUGCUACAAAGUCUCUGACAAGGCUGGCAUCUCCCAAGGUCAAUGUCCAGGCAACCCUGGCCUUCAUCGUCGAAACAGAUCGGCUGGAGCAAGAGCUUGAGGCCGGCAGCACAUAUGUGGACAUCUUCAAGGGCGACAACUGGCGCCGUACUGAAAUCUCAAUGGGUGUUUACUGCACGCAAGUCCUCAGCGGCAUCUACCUCAUCAACUAUGGCACCUUUUUCUUCCAGCAGGCUGGCUUGGCCACUGACAAAGCUUUUGAUAUGUCCGUUGGGUUCUUGGCUGUUGGAUUCGUUGGAACUCUCGUCUCUUGGGUUCUUUUGAUCAAAUUCGGCCGACGAACACUUUUCGUCACGGGUUUGGCAUGGCUCGUCAUUCUCCAGUUCAUCAUUGGUAUUCUUGAUUGCAUUCCUGGCCGGCCCUCUGGUGCUAUUUGGGCAGAAUCUUCACUCAUGCUCAUCUGGAACUUUUUCUACGACAUCUCCAUUGGCCCUGUCUGUUUCGUCUUGCUUGGAGAAUGUUCAGCCACCCGUGUCCGUUCAAAAACCAUCGCUGCCGCUACUGCCGCUCAAGGAGUCUUGGGCAUCGUCAUGACUGUGGCUAUCCCAUACAUGAUCAACCCGGAACAAGCCAAUCUGCAGGGCAAGCUGGGCUUCUUCUUUGGCGGCCUUGCACUUCUUUGCCUCGUCUGGUCAUACUUUCGCGUGCCUGAGACUAUGGGCCGCACCUAUGAAGAGCUGGACCUCCUCUUUGACAGGAAAGUUCCUGCACGCCAGUUCAAGGGCUACAAGUUGGAGGGCGCUGUGUCAACGGGCGCUGCAUAA